AUGCUGUAUCUAUUAAUCCUGUUAUUGGCAUCAAGUGUUCUUGCCAAGAACUAUACAGAACGCUUAAUCGUUGGUCAUUUUCCAGCUGAAUUUGCUUUCGGGGUUGCAUCGUCGGCUUACCAAGUCGAAGGGGCAUGGAAUGCAGACGGCAAGGGUAAAAGCAUAUGGGACGUAUUCGCUCACCAACCUGGGCACAUAAAAGAUGGGUCGACGGGAGAUGUAUCGGAUGAUCAAUAUCAUAAAUAUAAAGAAGAUGUGCAACAUUUAAAAUGGCUUGGGGUAACUCACUACAGAUUGUCAAUAGCUUGGACACGGAUUUUACCUGAUGGAACGAUCAAUAACAUCAAUCAAAAGGGCAUAGAUCACUAUAAUGCUGUAAUCGACGAGCUCUUCAACAAUAAUAUUGUACCUUUUGUUACCUUAUUUCACUGGGAUCUGCCACAAGGACUCCAAGAUUACGGUGGCUGGGAGAAUGAUACCAUCAUUGAACACUAUAAGAACUAUGCGGAUCUUUGUUUUAAGUCUUUUGGAGACAGGGUGACAAACUGGAUCACGUUUAAUGAACCAUUUAUUACCUCUUGGAUGGGGCAUGAAACCGGGGUAAAUGCACCUGGUAUAAAGAAUGUUGAUGCAGAGUACAGAACAGCUCAUAACCUAAUCCGAUCUCACGUCAAGGCGUAUCGACAUUACAACCAACAUUAUAAAACUGCUCAAAUGGGUCGAGUUGGAAUAACCCUGGACACUGAAUGGAAGGAACCACGGACAGACAGUCCUGCUGAUUUGGCCGCUUCUAACAGAGGUAUGGUCUUCAGGCUUGGUUGGUUUGCUAAUCCUAUAGUGUAUGGUGAUUAUCCCAAAAUAAUGAAAGAUAUGCUUGCGGAAAGAAGUAGAAUUCAAGGACAUACUGGAUCAAGACUUCCAACCUUCACAGCUGCAGAAAUUACUGAAAACAAAGGAGCACUGGAUUUUAUGGGUAUAAAUCAUUAUUCCACUAAUUUUGUGCAAUCUACGAUCAAAUACGCAUGGGGAUUAAGAAAAUUACUGAAUUAUAUUAAAACAACGUAUGGUAAUAUAGAUGUAUAUAUAACAGAAAAUGGCGCGACUGAUUGUGGAACAAAUGAGGAUCAAGUACGAGUUGAUUAUGUCAAAAGAUACCUUAACGCCGUUCUUCAAGCAAUACAAGAUGGUUGCCCAGUUAAAGGCUACUUUGUGUGGAGUUUGUUGGAUUCUUUUGAGUGGAGCAGUGGGUAUACUGUGAAAAUGGGCCUGUUUCGGGUAGAUUUUUCAAGAUCCGAUUUACCUCGAUAUCCCAAAACUUCCGCUUAUUUUUAUCAAUCGAUCUGUAAGGAGAAAGGAUUUACGCAACGUAUCUUGGACUUCAGAGCAUUUGCUAAGGACAGAGAUGAGUUUGUAUACGGGCAAUUUCCAGCUGGUUUUAUGUGGGGAUUGGCCACUGCAGCAUAUCAAGUAGAGGGUGCAUGGAAUGAAGACGGUAAAGGACCUAGUAUAUGGGAUGAUUUUGCCCAUCAGUCAGGUAGAAUAGCUAAUGGUGACACAGGAGAUGUAGCUUGUGAUAGUUAUCAUAAAUAUAAAGAAGAUGUUCAGAUGUUAAAACAUGUUGGGGUAACAUUUUACCGAUUUUCUAUUGCUUGGUCUCGGGUGUUACCAGAUGGCACACUCGCAUCUUUAAACAGCAAGGGUAUCGAUUAUUACAACAGAUUAAUAGAUGAACUACUGGCCAACAACAUUACCCCUUUUGUCACAUUAUACCACUGGGAUCUACCAUCAGCGUUACAGAAGCAGGGUGGCUGGUUAAACGAGUCUAUAAUAGAUCGGUAUAAUGAUUACGCCAAACUCUGCUUCGAGAAUUUCGGUGACCGGGUCAAACUUUGGUUGACCUUUAACGAAGCUUAUGUGAUUUCUUGGUUAGGCCAUGGCAAUGGUAUAUUUGCUCCCGGUAUUAAAAGCCCUGGGACCGGUGUUUAUCAAGUAGCUCAUAAUAUAAUUCGAUCCCAUGUCAAAGCUUAUCAUUCAUACGACACCCUCUUUAGAUCGAGAUUCAACGGUAAAGUAGGAAUUACAUUAGAUAUAGAAUGGAAAGAACCGUUUACCAUGUCUUCUGCUGACAGUUACGCUGCGGAGAGAGCUCUUCAGUUUAAAUUAGGAUGGUUUGCUAAUGCCAUAUUCGGUAAUGGCGAUUAUCCAAGCGUCAUGAAACAGUACGUGGCGGCAAAGAGUAAGAGUCAACAUUUGCUAAAAUCCAGAUUACCAGAAUUUACCGACGACGAAAAGAAAAUGAAUGCAGGAUCGUAUGACUUUCUUGGUAUUAAUCACUAUACAACAAAUCUCGUGUCUGAUGUACCCAAUACAGAUAGUACCCCCAGCUAUGAACGCGAUCAAGAUAUUGAGACAACAACGGAUCCAUGUUGGGAAAAGACACCCGUUGAUUGGCUCCGUGUUAAUCCAUGGGGUAUUAGAAAAUUAUUAAACUAUAUAAAGUCACGAUAUGGUAAUCCUACUGUAUAUAUUACUGAGAGUGGUAGACCGGAUAUUGAUGGUUUAGAUGACCAAGGAAGGAUCAGAUAUUACAAGUCAUACACCAAUGAAUUGAUGAAAGCUAUAAAUGUUGAUGGAUGUAAUGUUAAAGGCUACACAGGUUGGUCCUUGAUGGAUAACCUUGAAUGGACAUCCGGUUACUCUCUUAGGUUUGGAGUACAUUACGUCAACUUUACGGAUCCUGCCAGACCACGUACUCCUCGAAAGUCUGUUGAUUUCCUUAGAAAUCUGUUUUCAAAUAAUGGAUUUUACAAACAGUAA